AUGCUGAUGCUCGUGCCCGGUUAUGCAAUGCCGCCGCCUCCGGCGCAAAGUACGCAGGGAGAAGCGCAGGCAGCAGGUGCAGCAGCAGCAGGAGCAGCAGCAGCAGCCGGUACGGAAAUAGCGGAUGAGGGCUCGCAGGAGCCGGUGAUUCUCGAAGGAGUUCUUGGAGGCCCGCAAGAUGUCGCAGACGAGGCCAUUGCGGGGUCGGUGCUGGUUCGGCAGGGGCAAAACCGUUACCGAAUUCGUUUGACCAAAGGGCUGCACGAGGUGACCUUUGGUGACAUUGCUGAUUAUCUUGCCGCGCAGAUGCUACCGCCAGGAAUACCCCCGUCUGAGCUGCGCCUCAUAUCCAAGGGCAAGACGGCCAGUCGCGAGGAUGUAUUGGACAAGAGCGGCAGCAACAAAGAAUUUUCCAUCUUGCUGCUUUUCCGAGAGGGCUUCCAUCUUGCGGAAGAAGGCACCCGAUGGAUGCGGGAGCAGGCUGAAGAGCUGACCCAGGCAGAGGCCAAGAUCACGUCGCUAGCCAAAAGAGUGGAGGCCAACUUCUGCGAUGCAGAGACGUCUCUCCAGCUAGCCGAGGUUGCAGGACGCGUUGAGACGUUCUUGCAAAGUGUGGAGAGCGUUCGGGUAAAUGCGACGAAGCUGCCGGCAAUGGAAGAGCUGGGUCCCCACUUGCUUCGCGAUCGAGCGAGGAAAGCAAAUGACCGUUUACAAGCGCUGAGAAAGGCUGUCCGGUUCUGA